AUGUAUGAACCGCUAAUCGACGAGUCCUAUCACGAGGAAAUGCACUCGGUUUGGGAAGGAAUAACAAAAGAAAAGAAUGAUGAAGAAAAAGAAGGACUACGUGGAUUUCUGGAAAGGUGGCAUCAAGCGUCGAUGCCCAACGUCAAGCUUGUCAUCAGUGACAGUGAGUGGCUAAACGCCUCCCAGCAACCCGACGCGUCUAGCUGCGGCGUCUUAGUUGUCGAUCAGGCAAACAAUUAUCUUGCUGGGGACUUCGAACAGCAGCACUAUCAAGUAUCUAAGAGUGACGUCAAGGUAAUGCGCUUGCGCAUGCUCUGGGUCAUCAUGCAUCACUCUAACGAGAAGGCUAUUUCAAAGUCUGACGCUACUAAGACAGGUGAGAUUCUUAAAAAGCUGCAGAAAGAACUAAAGUAA